AAGAAUCUUAAUAAGUAAUAAACUUAAAAUACGAAGAGAUAUCAUGAAAUAGCGCUAUAGUUAAUUUAAUAAAUGAGAUUUAGUCACGAUAUACGCGAAGUUGGUCCGGCAGUUUCUGAACGAUUUCGAAACCGUAACAUACUGCAAAACACACUGUCAAAAUAAAGAAAAAUGAUUGAAGAAACGCGAAAAAAAACUUUUUUGGGUUUUGAUUUUAGUACUCAAAGGUUGAAAGCUCUCGUAAUUGGUGAAGACUAUGUUAUACAUCAGGAGGCUGAUGUUGAAUUCGAUGUUGAUCUUCCGGAGUUCAGAACUGCUGGAGGUGUUGUUCGGGGAGAGAGGGGUGAGGUGACAGCCCCUACGUUGCUUUGGGUUAAAGCAUUGGAUAUGGUAAUGGACCGCCUAGUUGUUGCUGGAGUUGACUUUUCUACAAUAGAAGCAUUAUCUGGAGCUGCACAGCAACAUGGCUCAGUAUGGUGGGCGAAAGGUUCCGAAGCCAAACUGGCAGCUUUAUCAGGCGAGCAGUUUUUGCACGCACAACUUGCCUCAUGUUUUGUGGCGGAUUCACCAGUCUGGAUGGAUUCCAGUACUACUGCUGACUGUCGCGCAUUGGAGGAAGCUCUUGGAGGACCCGAGGAAUUAGCUAAAAUCACAGGAUCCAGAGCGUACGAGCGGUUCACCGGUGUCCAAAUACGGAAGAUGUAUCGCACUCGUCCCCGAGCGUACCACGCCGCUGACCGAAUCUCUCUCGUGUCUUCCUUCGCUUGUUCUCUAUUUGUUGGGAGGAUAGCACCGAUUGACUUCUCUGAUGGAUCUGGAAUGAAUCUCCUUGACAUUCAUAGCAGGAAGUGGUGCGAGCUAGCCUUGAAGGCGUGCGGAGACGAGACUUUAACUAGCAAGUUAGGUGACCCAGUGCCGACUGCCUCAGUAGUUGGUACAAUAUCACCAUACUAUGUGCAGCGGUAUGGCUUUAAAUCUGACUGCAAAGUGGUUGCUUUCACCGGAGAUAACUGUUCAGCACUAGCAGGAUUACGUCUCGAAUCUGGCUGGGUAGGGCUCAGCCUAGGGACGAGCGAUACCUUGCUCCUGGGUCUGCAGUCUCCAGCAGCCCCGCUGGAGGGGCACGUGCUCGUUGGUCCCACGAGUGCUCCCUACAUGGCACUGCUCUGCUUCUCCAAUGGGUCGCUCACACGCCAGAACCACAGGAACAGGCUCGUGGGACCCAGCUGGGAGGCAUUUAAUGAAUUGCUUCGAGCAACAGUUCGAGGAAAUAUGGGUUAUAUGGGCGUCUACUACGACACGGCGGAGAUAGUGCCGCGGCGCGCGGCGGGGCGCUGGCUGGCGGAGGGCGCGCGGGCGGUGGCGCGCGCGGCGCCGCAGUUCGAGGCGCGGGCGCUGCUGGAGGGGCAGGCCGUGGCACGCCGCGCGCACGCCGAGCUCAUGGGCCUCCGCCUCGGCGCCUCCGCGCGCGUCGUGGCCACGGGCGGCGCGUCCGUCAACGCCGCGCUGCUGCAGAUCUUCGCGGACGUCUUCGACAUGCCCGUCUACGUGCAGGACCAGCACUCCAACGCCGCUCUCCUGGGGGCGGCGAUUCGAGCGGCGGAAGUUUGGAGCGCGGAAACAGGGAUCAAACUGACUGGGUCAGAACUAACGAUGUCUCCUGUAGCGACUCCCUACCCCGACGCGGAGAGGAUCUACGCGCCGAUGAUCGACAGAUACAGGAAAAUGAUCGAGGACAUUCCGAAAUUAUCCUAACAAGCUAUUCACACUAUGAGAAUAUCACCGUCACAUUAUCGUACUUUUUUAAAAUAAUUAAUAUUUUUUAAAUAUUUAUUUUUGCAGGUGGCAAUACUAUGCUAUUUAAUUUAUACACUUAAUUUUUAUAUUAUAAAAUAACUCCUACACGCAUUCCACAAGUGCUAAGGCAUAAUAAAUGUUAACUUUUAACCAAUAAGUAAUCUCAGAAAAAAAAAGUAACUGAGAGAACCGUAAGUGUUCAUUAUAUUAUUGUUAUUGAGACGAGUGAUUGCGGGAUAGUUAAUAAU